AACACAGCCAAGUUUGAAAAGAGGCCGAUAUAGCAUAGUGUCCUUCCAUCGCCCUUGGUAUUACCACCUUACAUUUAACCUAGAUCGUGGAAAGAGUUUUUUUUAUGUAAAACGGCGAGCGGGAGGACAGGCGGUAAUCGAUCUCGGGAUUUUUACAGCAGUUACGAAUUGAUCGUUUACUGUACUACGUACGUAGUAUUGAGGGAGUAGUACGGAGGUCAGAUUUCAUAUUUAACCAUUUGUAAGCACUGACAUGGAGUAAUAAACAUUGAUGUGUGUUUAAAAUUGCGCUUGUUAUUGUUUUAAUGGCUAUGAAUGAUGACGUUCAUAUUCCAAUCACAUACCAUAAAAGCAAUGCGUCGUUAUAAUUAAUACACAGCAUCGUAUUUGUGUAAAGUGUCACGUUGAUUUGUAUCGUGGUAUGAAUGGAGGAAGGCGAGUCCAUGACCAAUAAAUGAAUGAAAAAGAGGUGGAGCUGUUUACAAGUGCCUUCUCAAGGGAGGCGAUUUAGUGAUGCUUUGUAACUUGAAGUUUAAAGUUAAUAAUGCUUAAAUGGUGAUUUUAAAAAGCAUAACAUAAUUCGUUGAAAAAACAUCUGCAUAAAAUACUAUAUCAGGAAAGCACCCUUUACUACAGGAUGGUAUAAUCCAUUCGGAGGUCUGUAUAUAACUACAACACUGGAAUUUCCAUUUGCAAUAAAAAGGAUUCCGCGGGAACCCAUUCAGAGUUCCUCAUCAGCUGUGCCAAGCCAUCUGGGUAUGUAAGGUCAGCUACACCAAGAAGACCCGUAAGAGGCUUGGCGAAGUUAGACCAUGCCUGAGCAGAGCAACGACUACCGCGUGGUUGUGUUUGGAGCGGGUGGGGUUGGUAAGACCUCCCUGGUCUUGCGCUUCGUCAAAGGCACCUUCCAUGAAACGUACAAACCCACCGUGGAGGACACCUACCGGCAGGUGAUCAGCUGCGACCGCAACGUGUGCACGCUGCAGAUCACCGACACGGCUGGCAGUCACCAGUUCCCCGCUAUGCAGCGUCUGUCCAUCUCCCGGGGUCACGCCUUUAUCCUGGUGUACUCCGUCAUCAGCCGCCAGUCCAUGGAGGAGCUGCAGCCCAUCUACGAGCAGAUCUGUCAGAUUAAGAGCGGUGACGCGCAAGGCCUACCCAUCAUGAUCGUCGGUAACAAGAGCGACGAGAGUCAGCGAGAAGUGGCCGUCGGCGAGGGCGAGGGGCUAGCGGCUCGCUGGAAGUGUUCUUUCAUGGAGACCUCCGCCAAAACCAACCAUAACGUACAAGAACUUUUCCAAGAGCUCCUCAACCUGGAGAAACGGCGGGCGGUAUGCCUGCAGGUGGACGGUAAGAAGUCCGGGAUUUGGCCGUCCACGGAUCGGCUAAAGGGCAAGUGUGAUUUAAUGUGAGCGCCACGUUGUCAUUUAUUGUCCUUGAUGUUGUAACGAUCUGUCAGACACGUUUAGCACAAUGGUUUUGCCUUUUUGCAAUACAUUCUUACAUUAUUAUAAAGUCAAUAAAUUAAUUUUUAACCAAAGGAAUUAGUUACAUAUUUUGAAUAUUAAUAUUAUAAAUGCACUACUGAAUUGAAAAAAGAUUAAAUGGCUCACUGUGUAAAAUUUUAUAAUUUGGUUAGACCUCCGGACCGUGGUGAGCGAAUUGCUGCUGCUUCGGAUAGAACGCGGCGUCCAAGAUGUUGAAUUGGCUGUUGAAUUUGAUUGAAUUUGGUUACAACCCCCCCCUCCCCAUACACCCCCAUAAUUUAUGUCCAUGGUGCUUCGUAAAAAUCACAAAAUCGAUCCCCUGAAACCAAAAUCCCUCAAGCAUCACAAAUGACACAAAUAGCGUGGAGCCCUUAUCUAUCACACUGUCAGUUUACGGCUGGCAAAGUCCACAACAUCUUUCAUUUAAAUUCAUUGCAUAAUUACAGAGUGUCGCACAAAAGAGCACUGAAGAGGUGAAAUAGCUCUGAGAAUGAGGUGUGCAAAUUUCCUCCACCCUGUAUGUCAGCAUGUUCCACAGGCCAAAGAUGUAUGGUUAGGCUAACUGACAUCUAGGCUUCUAAAUUGUCCAAAAUUGUGCGUCCUGGAAUAGACUGCACCCCCCCGUGAAGGUUUCCAGGAGAAGCAGUUAUAAAGUGAUGAUGUGUUUCCUCCGCAGGUAAAGUUUUUACACCACACCAUCUUUUCCCUCUGUUGAACAUACACUGUGUUUCCAAAAAUACCCCAAGUGAUUCAGGGUUUUACAUCAUCAUAGUUUUUCCACAGAAGCUCCAUUUUUAAUUGGCGGCUUUCAAUAUGACUCAUGCUAAGACCCGUGUUUGCUCCCAUCAUAAUGAAGGCAGGCAGUGACACCUUGGACCCGGGCAGGAGUCUCCAUGCGAGGUGUUGCUAGGCGACUGACGGAAGCCUUUCCCCGGUCCAUGGUCUUCCAAAAAAAAAUAAAAAAUUUCAGAGAGCAGGUGCUGCCUCUCUGGCUUUAUUCCAUGAAUGACCGUGAAACACAAAGAAAAGUAAACAAGCAGGCAUGACUAACCCACUUAUCUGACGCGAUCCUGACGCCAGCGAACCACUCUGUACCUCCAUGUGAUGACGGACCAUAACCUUGAUGCAUCUUUGCGGAGCGGGCGAGCUGACGGUGCUGCUGAUGGAGGCUGGGGGCAGCCAUGUGGGAACCAUCUCGCCCUCAGGAUUAAGGCCUCCAAAG